GUUUUGUGACAUUCACUGCUGCAGCUCCAGCUCUCCCCAGCGGCGCUGUACACUCCCGAGCCCUGGUUGCCGGGUACCUACAGCGGAGGCUCCGGUUUUCUUCAUGUUAGACACACACGGCUGGGGCUCUCCAGGAUCGCCUGGCCACGCUUCGGGAGGUGAAUGGCCAAAGACUCCCUAUCAGAAGCUGGCAUGCACUUUGAUGAACUCAACAAACUGCGCAUAUUGGAUCCAGAAGUCUCUCAGCAAACAGUAGAGUUGAAAGAGGAAUGCAAAGAGUUCGUAGACAAAAUAGGUGACUUUCAGAGAAUAGUUGGUGGUUUGAUUGAUCUUGUUGAUCAGCUGGCUAAAGAAACUGAGAAUGAGAAGAUGAAGGCCAUUGGUGCUCGUAAUCUGUUAAAAUCAAUUGCUAAACAACGAGAAGCCCAGCAGCAGCAGCUGCACGCAUUGAUAGCGGAGAAGAAGAUGCAGUUAGAAAGAUACCGAAUAGAGUAUGAUGCUCUUUGUAAAGUAGAAGCUGAGCAAAAUGAAUUUAUCGACCAAUUCACCCUGCAGAAAUAAAUUGUUACAUGUUAUGGAUAACCCCCAAAUGGAGAGUGGUUUUAUACUGCGGAUUUCCCUGCAGACCCUUCCCGUCUCUCCCACGCUGGGAGGAUGCAGCUUUACUGACACUGAUCUUCAAAUUCUCUAUUCUCUCUCGGACCAAUUGUAAUUUAUGUAAGGAUAAUAUUCUGCAAGUGCUGUUUGACAUUUUAAUUUUAAGAACUAUCGGUUAUACACCUGCAGAAAGCCAUUCAUUUAUAAAACAUACAUUGAGGUGUAUCUGAAUUUGGAUUCGCUCAGCUAGAAGGUAAAUUAGGAGAAAUUGUAUAUUUAAGUAUCUUAUAUGAAGUAGAAAGGCUGCAGGAGCGGGGAGAAUCCUGGGAUGUCUUCCACCCUUUCUUUUCUCCUGACCCCAUAUUUAUUUAGACAGGCAGCAUGUUGGGCGCACGUGCACCACAUGUUGUGGUCCUUCCAGUUAGUGGUGGACCCAAUGUAAGCUAGUUCCGGGACCAGGUUUUACUUGGUAUAUUAUCCCCAUAACUGCAUUUUUGGUUUUGGGUGGAAUUAUCUUGCACAUACAGUAUGGUGAGGCAGUUACAUAGUUGAUAUUACUGAUUUCUGCAGUGGGGUACACUGGGAAUAACAUCGGGGUGUAGAGUUGGAUCUUGAUCCGAGGCACCAACAGGCUUAAAACUCUGACUAUUCCCAGGAUGCACUGCACCGCCUCCUCUAUAUAACCCCUCCUCCGUGCACAGGAGCUCAGUUUUAAAGUUGGUGCCUGCAGUGCAGGUCACUAACAGAGGGGGCUGCCUGAAGACUGAAAAAUGAAGAAAGCUUUUACUAUGCUGACUGAGCCGCAGCACUUCUUUGUCUGGGAGACAUGCUGUGCUGCGGCUCCAUCACCUCCCCUUUGCGGCGCUGUAUACUCCCACGACCUGGUUCCCGGGUACUUACAGCAGAGACGCACCGGUAUUUUGGCACACCGCCGCUGCAUCAUCUCCAGGAUCACGUGGCUGCAGGACUUGGGGAGGAGGUAAGAGGGUCCCCCCAGGGGGACCCGCCGGCUACAAAUCACGAUUCGCGUUCGGCCCAUGGGAGAUGGACCGCACGGCUGGCGUAGACACUGUACUGCUCAGGGACCCCACGAUAUACACCAGGGCAGUAAACAGAGCACAGGCAUAUAUUUUAGUCUCCACUAAGUACCGGUGGUGAAUUCCAGCACUGUGGGGAUAGAGCGCUGCCUGUAGCCCCUCCCCCCAGCUCCGGGCGCCAUCUACUGCAGAUGUUCCCGCCCUGGAGCUGCUUUCACUUUCCCCUCACUCCCUGCUGAGACCUGGCACCAUUUUUAGCUAAGGGCCGCUCUCUAUGGGAUUGCUGGGUGCUGUCUCCUCUGUAUAGCCGCCUGUUCCAGCGCCGUGCUUAUAUAGGACACUUGAGUAUUCUACCUGUCCUUUGACUGUGUUAGUUAAGAAAUAAGUGUGUUGCUGACAGAAUAGGUGGUACAAUUAUUCUGUGAUAUACAUCCAGUACUGCUGUGCAUUGUUAUAUCUCUCUGCAUAUACAUAUCUGCUAUUGUAUGUAAAUUGCCUGUCCAGUGCAGUAUUAUUGUUGUGUACAUUAUUCCUGCACUGUGUUUGUGACUGAGUGUGCCAUAUAGCUACUGUGUGUGCUCUCCUUUUCAAGUGUAUCACACCCUUGCUAUCACUAUAUUCUGAACCCUGUGAGGAUAAGUGCGUCAGGGUCCACAUUUAUUUGAAUAUAAAUAUACAUAUAUAGUGCUACACAGGCUAUACAUCUCAGUGUAUUUUUGGUGUAUUUUCAGUCACCCCAUACUGAUUCAUUUCUCUGUUUGUGUCCUGCUUUUAUUAGCACAUAAACCAGGGGAUUGCGGUAUUACUAUUGUUUGGCUAUAUUGUACAGUUUGCCCCACGGCUACAUUCUUCAUAAUGUCUGCCACACAGGGCGGGAAUUCCGUGGACGCUCCUGCAUCAGGCAGUGCUGCUUCCACAGAUUUACCAAGAGGGGAACCUGCUGCUGGGGAUGUGGGGACUGGGUCCCUUACAUCUCCCACACCACCUGUGGCCAACCAAGAGCCACCGUGGGCCGCCUUUUCUUGUAUGUUAAAUACUUUGGGAACACGUCUUACGCUCCCUGUCGGACUGCCUGUGCUAUUGCAGCCACAAAUUGUCCCUGUAGCUAACCCACCUUAGGCAGACACACUAUCCAACCAGAUACAGGUUUUGAAUAAAUCCUUGGUUAAACAUAAGUCUACACCUUAGCCCUCUGGGGCUAAGGGGCCCUCUAAGCGUGUGAUUUCCUCCUCUCAAUCCACUCAUGUUUCAGAUACUACUUCUGAUGAAGAUGGGGCCUAUACUGAUCCGACUGAUUCUGACUCAGCGGACUCUGAUGGAGUAUGUACCUCAGGUUGAUGUCCCUGAAUUAGUGGAAGCUAUCAAAAUGGUUCUCCAGAGGGAUGAUAAAGCUGAUCCCACUACUGCAUCAAAAAAGCCUGAUAAAUUCAAGCGUCAGAAGGUGGCAAAGGUAGUUUUUCCUCACUCUGACCUUUUAAUUGACAUACGUCAAGAGGCUUGGGUCUCCCCAGGAAAGAAGUUUGCCCUAUCAAAGAAGAUUUUGGCUCAUUUUCCUAUCCCUGCGGAGUUAACUAACAAGUGGGAAACGCCACCGCCGGUCGACUCGCAUGUCGCACGGAUCGUGGUUUCCUCUUCUCUGCCUGUCACAACUGUCACCUCCCUGACGGAGCUGACAGAUAGGCGUGUGGAGGAAUGCCUGAAGUGUAUUUAUUCCCUAACUGGGGCAAUUUACAGGCCCACUAUUGCAGCCUCCUGGGCUGCAAAAGCUAUUGAUGCGUGGGUCCAGGUACUGGAGGAAGUGCUACCUCAGGAUAUUUCUGACAUUGCCAAACAGUGUCUGUCUCAUAUUACCACUGCCUCCCAUUAUGUUGAAGAGGCGUCCUCUGAGGCAGGUAUUCUGGCUUCCAAAGCAUCCACUACGUCUAUUUUGGCUCGCUGGAUUCUAUGGUUGCGGUCCUGGAAGGUGGACCUCAGAUUCUAAGAAGACUCUGGAGGUGCUCCCUUUCAACGGAGACAUCCUUUUUGGUGAAGAUCUUCCCCCUGGUGGACCCCAGGGUGUGAGGCCGACUCCUGCAGUUCACCCAGGUCUGGUUAAGGACCACUUCUGAAGCGUGGGUGCAGGAAGUUGUCUCUCACGAGUACGCGGCCUCUUUCAAGAGCUGUCCGCCUCGCCAUUUCUGCGCAACGGUCAUCCCAUCGGACCCGUUGAAGGCGCAAGCUCUACACUUGGUUGUCCAAUCCCUCCUGGAGACAGGAGUGGUGGUGCCGGUGCCUAUCUCCCAAACAGAGAGGGGCUACUAGUCAACCCUGUUUCUAGUGCCAAAACCCAAUGGGUCUUUCCGGCCUAUUCUCAACUUCAAGUCACUGAACAAGUUUGUGAGAGUUUCCAAGUUCCGUAUGGAAACACUGCGCUCCAUUGUACUGGCCAUGGAACCUGGGGACUACAUGGUAUCCCUGGAUAUACAGGAUGCUUACCUGCAUAUACCUAUUGCCAUUUCGUAUCUGCAAUAUCUGCGGUUUGCUAUUGGCAACAUCCAUUAUCAAUUCAGGGCUCUGCCGUUUGGACUGACUAUGGCCCCUCAGAUUUUCACCAAGGUCAUGGCCGUGAUGACAGCUCAUCUACCAAGGAGGAGUCUCUCCUCCCUAUCAACAUUCUGGAACUGCGGGCAGUGUUCAGUGCUUUGACUCUAGCCCUGCCUCUGUUAAGAAACAGGCCUGUUCAAGUACAGUCUGACAACACCACCGUGGUGGUGUACAUAAAUUGUCAAGGCGGCACUCGAAGCUGGAAAGCAAUGAUGGAAGGGUCCAGAAUUCUUCAUUGGGCGGAACGCCAUCUGCCAACAAUAUCGGCAGUGUUCAUUCUGGGUGUCCUCAACUGGGAAGCGGAUUUCCUCAGUCGUCAAGAUGUACACACCAGAGAGUGGAGCCUUCAUCAGGAGGUGUUUCAACUCCUAGUGGACUAGUGGGGCCUACCAGACAUAGACCUGAAGGCAUCUCGACACAAUCACAAAGUUCCGGACUUCGGAUCACGGACAAGGGAUCCUCAAGCAGCGUUCGUGGAUGCACUGGCAAUUCCAUGGAAAUUUUGACUGCCAUACGUGUUCCCUCCAGUGUCACUCCUGCUCAGGGUUCUGUGGAAGUUCAAGCAAGAAGGAGGAAUAUUACUUCUAGUCGCUCCGGCGUGGCCCAGACGGCAUUGGUUCUCAGACCUGGAGGGUCUGUCGAUGGAACGUCCUCUACUACUUCCUCAACGCCCAGACCUCCUCGUUCAGGGCCCUUGUGUCUACCCAGACCUGGCCAGACUGGCUUUGACGGGGUGGCUCUUGAAGCGUCACUCCUGAGGGCAAAAGGCUUCUCUAAGGCGGUCAUCCAAACUAUGUUGAAGGCCCGUAAACCGACUUCGGCUCGGAUUUAUUACAGGGUCUGGAACUCUUCACAUGGUGUGCUGCUAAGAAUUACAAUGUUUACAAGUUCAGAACCCCAUGGCUUCUGGCUUUUUUGCAACAAGGCCUGGACUUAGACCUUCGUCUGGCCUCCCUCAAGGUUCAUAUUUCUGCCUUGUCGGUGUGGUUUCAGAGGAAACUUGUGUCUGUUCCUGAUGUUCAUACCUGAUGUGUCUUGCGGAUACAACCUCCCUAUGUCCCUCCUGUGGCUCCAUUGGAUCUGUCUGUUGUCCUUAAUGCCCUGCAAGGGUCUCACUUUGAGCCUCUUGAUUCGGUGGACCUGAAAUGGCUUACUAUGAAUGUCCUUUUCCUGUUGGCUAUUGCCUCUGCUAGAAGAGUGUCGGACUUAGGCGCUUUGUCCUGUCGUCCGCCCUUCCUGAUAUUUCAUUGUGACCGGACAGUUCUCUGUACUCGCCCUGGUUAUCUGUCUAAGGUGGUGUCAUCUUUCCACCUUAACCAAGAGAUUGUGGUUCCGCCCUUUAUCUCUCCUGGUUUGUCUUCCAAAGAAAGGUCUUCGGAUGUGGUACGGGCUCUGUGUGUGGAGAGGGCUGCCUCCAUUCGGAGGUCUGAUUCCCUUUUCGGACUGUUUGGUUUUCACAAACGUGGCUGGCCUGCAAACAAGCAAACUUUGGCCAGAUGGAUUAGAAUGGUGAUGGCACAAGCAAGGAGGAGGGGUUAUAUAGAGGAGGCGGUGCAGUGCAUCCUGGGAACAGUCAACGUUUUUAGCCUGUCGGUGACUCGGAUCAAGAUCCAACUGUACACCCCAAUGUUUUUCCCUGUGAAAUCCAGUGUACCUCGCAGAAAGAGAUUUAACAAUGGUAAGGCUAUCAUAAAUCUCGUUUUCAGACAAAUGCGUUAAUUCACUGCCUUUUUAUACCCGCUAUCAUUUCAUAUGUAGGGGGAAUCCAGUUCCCCGCAAUAAACCUUUGCCGUGAGCAAGUGCAGCUACAUGUCACACUCUUGGGGGGGGGGGGGGGGGGUGCAGUUUGGAUACCAUUCCUGGAGUUCAUGCGCUGCUACAAUGGCAACUCGCCCGCUUCACAGGGAAUAGGAUUUCCCCCGUAGAGCAACAGUAGCAGACAGUUACAUUUUUAUACAUAGGGCGGCAGUAGCAGACGCUUACAUUUCAUACAUAGGGCCUAAUUCGGAUCUGUUUGCUCGCUAGCUAUUUUUUGCAGCGCUGCGAACAGAUAGACGCCACCUAUAGGGGACUGUGUUUUAGCUUUGCAAGUGUGUGAAUGCGUGCACAGCCGCCCUGUACAAAAAAAGCUUGUGCAGUUUCUGAGUAGCUCUGACCUUGCUCAGCCGCUGCGAUCACUUCAGCUUAUUCGAGCCCGGAAAUUACGUCAGACACCCGCCCUGCAAACGCUUUGACACGCCUGCGUUUUUCCAACCACUCCCAGAAAACGGUCAGUUGCCACCCACAAACGCCCUCUUCCUGUCAAUCUCCUUGUGAACGGCUGUGCGAAUGGUUUCUUCGCUAGAACCCGUGCACAACAACGAUCCGCUUUGUAACCGUACGGCGUGCCUGCGCAUUGCGGUGCAUAUGCAUGCACAGUAGUUACCUGAUCGAUGCACAGCGAAAAACGCUAGCGAGCUAACAGAUCUGAAUUAGGCCCAUAGAGCGGCAGUAGCAGACGCUUACAUUUCAUAGGUAGAGUGGCAGUUGUAUACAGUAGUUUAAGACAGUGGUUCUCAACUGUGGGACAGCUGAAGUUUCUUCUCUUGUUGCUAAUCGGCUGUGUAUGCCAAUAAACAUCCCACCUGUACAGGCAAUGGCAUGGAUGGAGGAGAAGAGGGAGCUGUUUAGUGCAGGAGUGGGGGAAAGGGCUGGAAACUAGAGUAGAGUGAGGGGGAAUAAACACAAAGUUGUUCUUUAUAUAUUUCCAUCAUGGAUGGAACAAAAUGUUUUCAAGUAUGUAUCAAAAUCUGUGUUUUGUGGCGUUAUAUGUGGUUAAAUACAAAAUGAGCAGCUUGUAAUACUGUAAAUAUAGGAAGCAAGCCGAUGGGUGUUUUGUUGUACACGUUUUUGGGGAGCCUAAGAAUAAAAUAGUUGGAGAACCCCUGUCCUAUGAUAUGUAUUAGGCCCUGUCCUUCAUGUGGUAUUAAAUUACAAUACAGAACAUGAAUAAAAAGUGAGAGUAAAUGAAA